UGGUCGGUGAUGAUGCUGAAGAAAGAGCGGGGCACUAGUACAUUUUUAUGAGACACCAGUUUUGAGUCGUACGCUAAGAAACAAGAAACGCACUGGAAAUGUAACAAUGGAUAAUCUGAAUCGUUUGGCAUUGCUCGGACAGCAAUAACGAACGAAAUUGGACAGAAAGCGUUUGAAAUUUGUCAAAGGUGAGACUAAGCGUGGUGAUGAUUUACGGAGGAAAUAUCGUGGGUACUUGUCCUCUUCAUCUGAUGCUGCUGAUGGCAUAAACGCAACCUGCGUGAUUUUCCUACUGGCCAGGCAGCGGCUAAUGAUUCACUGUAUUUAAUAUUCAGCCAGCAACAGAAUGAUCGAGGAGGGCAGUAAACGAGGCAAGGCCAUGGUGGAGAAGAGGCAGCUCUUCAUGGAGAUGAGGGCACAAAACUUUGACGUCAUCAGACUUUCGACCUACAGGACGGCCUGCAAGCUGAGAUUUGUGCAGAAGAGAUGCAACCUUCACCUGGUGGAUGUGUGGAACAUGAUCGAGGCGUUCCGUGACAGUGGUCUGAACACGCUGGACCACAACGCGGAGAUUAAUGUGUCUAGACUGGAGACCAUCCUGUCCUCCAUCUAUUACCAGCUUAACAAGCGGCUGCCCACCACACACCAAAUCAAUGUAGAGCAGUCCAUUGGCCUGCUUCUCAACUUCAUGGUGGCUACGUACGAUAGUGAAGGCCAUGGGAAACUGACCGUUUUCUCGAUGAAGUCCAUGUUGGCAACCAUGUGUGGAGGGAAAAUAGUGGAUAAACUACGUUAUAUCUUCUCUCAAAUCUCUGACUCCAAUGGUGUAAUGGCCUUUCCUAAGUUUGACCAGUUUUUGAGGGAGGUUCUGAAGCUGCCCACAGCGGUGUUCGAGGGCCCAUCGUUUGGAUACACGGAACACUCUGUCCGGACAUGCUUCCCUCAGCAGAAGAAGAUCUUGCUGAACACGUUUUUGGACAUUUUAAUGGCAGAUCCUCCCCCUCAGUGCCUGGUCUGGCUACCUCUCAUGCACCGACUUGCUAAUGUUGAAAAUGUCUUCCAUCCUGUGGAAUGUUCCUAUUGCCGGAGUGAAAGUAUGAUGGGGUUCCGUUACCGGUGCCAACAGUGCCAUGGUUACCAACUCUGUCAGAGCUGCUUCUGGCGUGGCCAUGCCAACGGUCCACAUAGCAACCAGCAUCAAAUGAAGGAGCACUCCUCUUGGAAGUCUCCGGCUAAAAAGCUGAGCCACGCCAUCAGUAAAUCUCUGGGCUGUGUCCCUAUUGGCGAACCACCUCACCCCGUGUUCCCUGAGCAGUCAGAGAAAGCCCAGGACAGCAUGGCCCACACUGUUCAGCCGAAGCCAGUGGCCAACAACAUGAACAACACAAUGCUCAUGUCCUCUGGGGCACCCACUCCUAAUAAAAGUGUCUUAGAGAGUCCCAGCAGGCUUGACGAAGAGCAUCGUCUCAUUGCCCGCUAUGCAGCCCGGCUGGCAGCCGAGGCUGGCAACUCCACACAAUGUCCUCCAACAGAUCUGAGUUUCAACUUCGAUGCCAACAAACAACAGAGGCAGCUAAUUGCAGAGCUAGAGAACAAAAACAGGUCCCUCAGAGAGAUCCUUCAGGAGAUCCAGAGGCUGCGUCUGGAGCAUGAGCAGGCCUCCCAGCCCACGCCAGAGAAAGCCCAGCAGAACCCAACACUACUGGCCGAACUAAGGCUCCUGAGGCACCGCAAAGACGAGCUGGAGAGGCGCAUGUCGGCCCUGCAGGAGAGCAGACGGGAACUAAUGGUCCAGCUAGAGGGCCUGAUGAGGUUACUCAAGGACGAAGAGCAGAAACAGGCUCAAACUGGUGGUUCGCCCCACUCCUCCCCCAGCCACGGGGCUGGCUGCUCCAUGCCCAUGCCCAUACGCUCCACCUCAGCUGGGUCCACCCCCACCCACACACCCCAGGACUGCCUGGCUGGGGUUGGGGGCGACGUGCUGGAGGCUUUCGCUCAGGGUGUACCUAGAAACCUUCGUAACGACUUGCUGGUCGCCGCUGAUUCAAUCACAAACACCAUGUCAUCACUGGUCAAAGAACUCCACUCAGUAGAUGAUGCUGCCGAGAAAGAGGACAACAACAUGAGAAACGGAGGCCAUGGCGAUAGGGCUGAGGCAGAAUGAAAAGAGUGGAAAAAGCACUGUGGGAGUGCUAAAGCAUCACUGAGGGAGCAAGUACCACUCCAAACCCCACCUCAUCUAUACUGUAGGUCAGACUGGACACAACUGGAGAAGAUGAAUCAGAAUGAGAAUCAGCCACACCAACCAAACCCUUCAAUCAGGCAUUAGCACGUAGAGUAAUGCAUGCUGUUAUCAAACAGGAUUUCACUAUGUGAAUUAUUAAACAUGUUUCUUUACACCUCAUUGUGGGGGGGAAAGCAAGAGGUGUCUAUUUAUGUCGUUCUGUAUAAAAAAAUGUAAAGCUGUAAUAAUGAUGUAAUUAUCAAUUCCUCUCAUCAUGACUGUGAUGGGCAAAGGUCUAAUGGUCGACCUUGCUGGGCUUUCUGUCGACUGAUCUUAAUAACAGAUUGUUCUGGGUGCCUCCAAAAUGGAACCCUAGUCCCUAUAGGCCUGGUUAAUAGUAGCGUGCUAAAGGCUGUGCACUGCAUAGGGAAUAGGAUACCAUUUGGAAAACGUACACUGUCUGUAUUAUACUGUAAACACUAUACGCGACUUUGGGAACACAGCACUGACAUCAACCCUAAAGCAGCUUACUUUCAUGAUGAUGAGAUGUUCCCUGGCCGUCAUUGCUUUUGUAUGAUUAGAGAACUCUAGCUAGUAUGUUUUCAUUCGAGGUCUUGCAUGAAGUUGCAGCGUCCUGAGUUGGACUGUGUGUACGAUAGGUAGGCAGUUAUCAAGUUAUGACAGCUCUUAGUGGGUUAAUCCAUGUUUCCCAAACCACGGUCCGCUAGCUAAUACUUUUCCCUGGGGAUGUUGCUGUUUCCAUCCCUCGGAUAGUGAGCUGACAGAAUAUGUUGGUUCUCAGAGUGCUUGUUUUAAUCAAAGCAAUCUUUGUUGGUGGAAAGACCGUAGAUGGUCCUUGUUUGGUCACUGGUACAAAAUUGAGAAACACUUGGUUAUGUAGACUGCUGGGAUCUGUAGACAUGCAAGUUGUCAUCUCUCAUAAUUCACAUUGAUCGCAUCUAGGACAGGAGGGUUCCAUUUGAGAUACGAUCAUUCAAAUACUGCUGCUACUAUUUACUCACUGUGCUGUGAGACACCCUUGCAAAAAUACAAGGGCUGUUUGUUUGUUCGGUUAAAGGGAGCCUAUGAAGGCUAUUGUUUUCAAUGUUUCUUUGGGUCAGGGAUAUGCCCCUUUGUUUGAAAGAAAUGAAAUCAUUGUUUUGUUUCUAAUAAAAAAUUUACUAAACGAGAGAAGCUAGUAAAUGCAUCUUAAAGAGCAUUUAAAACUGCAUGGUGCCUCCUGCCAAAUCUAUGAAGUAGUUACUCAGUGGGAACAGAAUUUAUUGUCCGUGCGAAGAGAGGAAGCACACCUCAGUUUGUUAUUUGAAAUGAAUAUUAUUCAGUUGUGCCAUUUUGUUAAAUUAUUUUCAUGUUUGAUCACAUCAUAUCCAUAUAUCCAACUGAAAGUAGGUGACGAGGUACAGAAAACAAAUUGUAGACAGGUAACAGUUGUUUUGAUAGCUUUAUUUGGUCAGAGGAAAACGAGGACUGGAACACAUUCAUGGGCGUGUUAACAAAUAGGUGCUCAGGGACCAUCCAAGUAGACAGAAUGUAAUGGCUCAGCACCCUUUGGCCUGUCUGGAAGCAUCCUCCUUGUAGUUAAACAAGUCUGUAGCAUAGGCCCUAAUGGGCUCCAGACCUGCUUCUUUAUGGGUCGUAGGUCAGAGGCUGUGAUCAUAAAAGAGUCUGGAGGAAGCCGUCUCAAUAAUCUGCUUCAGAUUGUUUGCGGGUUUUUGCCUGAAGGAGUGCGCACUCUGGCAUUUAGAGGCAUUGGAUUGAUUUGAGCCUUUGCUAGACCACCCUAUUUCUUAUACCUUUCCCAUCACUGAAAUGUAUCAAGUGAAGAAGUGCAAAGUUCUGUAGAAAGUACAGAUAAUUAGGACACAAGGCAAGUGGGGAUAAGCAGACAGUAAGUCUGGUGCUGGGGAAGAAUGUUGAAUGUCUUCAGUGAGAGAAAUAUGAUGCAGUUGCUAAGUACUUUGUUUGACUGAACAUGUUGUUUUUGAUGUUUUACUGAGUUAGUGUCUUAUUUCUGAUAGGAGACACUAUACAGUAGCUACAGGCUUAGAAAACGAGCUGAAGUGGAAACUAUACUUACUUGAACCAGAAGGAUAUCAAGUCCAAUAAAGCAAUCACGUAUUUUGAUAGAUGGAACUGGUUGUUGUUCAGGGUUUCUGUUUAUCUUUGAAACCAAGCACUGAAAAAGAAUAACAAGAUUAAAAAAAAUGGCUUAGACACAAAAAAUUGCCAGACAGUAAAGAGUAAGAUUUGGUUUGGUUCACGUCAUGACAAUGACAUACCAAUAACUUUUGAAUGAUAAUACUUAUACAAAAUGGCAUCAAACAAAGGUUAAGCAAUGAACUGUACGGAAUCUGUACAAAAAGUGGAUAGACGAGGUUAAGACAACCUAUCCUACAAGCUAAGGUCUUAUUAGCCUAUUACACUGUGUCAAGAAAUAGAACAAGUAAAAUGUGUCUCCUUUGUAUUCGAUGUUCUGUGACGUUUUAUUUGGUUAAUUAUUUCACACAACGUCAUACUUCUGGGUUUUCUUUUAGUUUGCUAGUGGAAUUUAAUCAUUGAUUAUGAUUAAAUCAAGUAAAUAAAUCUCAUUCAAGUGAGCACCUGCCUUGCACAUUAUCAUUUAGUUGCCUAAAUAAAGAAUAAGACUAUAAUAUAUAAAAGAGUGACCAAGAUAAAGUACAGCACCAUAUUGUAAAACAAGAACCAAUAAGUUACAAAUACCAAUUCAGUCUUAUAUACUGAAGGUUUAACACUAUUUCUUCCAUAUAACAAUGAUCUAAAGGAAAUUGAAGUGCUGAUAUAGAACCUUUUGAAAAGUGAGUAAUUGUAUUCCCUCUUCAAUCCACGGAUAGGAAUGCAAUGUUAUAAUUUGAGUUUGUGCCUAGAUGUUCUGUAUAAAGUGCUGUAUAAAGUAAAAACUCAUUCAUGCAGAUAUAUGAAUAUCAAUCAGCCUUUUAAGUAGGAGUUUUAGUCUCAGUCUGUGAACUUGUGGAAAUAAGUAUUUAUUUGGUGUUGUUGAGGAGGAAAGUAGACUUUUGUUCAGCGUUUACAUUUGUGCCAAAAUGUUUGCAGACUUUGUGUGUCAUCAUAAAGGUAUACCAACAUUCUAUAUGUUAUUGUUGUUGUUGAUGUUCAUGUUUUAUCAUGAUAUAAUCAAGACCAUCCACAUCUACAUGGUCUUCCUUAAAAUGUUAAAUCCUCACACAUUCUGGAGCAACAGUAUCAACAGUUAUAGAACCACCAACUGUUCUAGAGCUAUCCACCAUUGUGGAGAUUCCAACAAUUCUAGAAUUGCACACCUCUCUAGAGCUACCAAUUGUUUUAUAGCUAUUAAUAGUUCUAGAGCUAUCAACUGUUCUAGACAUACCAACUGUUCUAGAAUGAUUUGCUUCUAGCUAACACAGGUGAUAGAAAGGUAUAUACAGCACUUUUUGAUCAUUUUAUUUUUUGCCGAAAGAAAACGUGCAAGAUGACAAACCCCAAACAUUCUUUUAAUGUUAUUUAUCUAUUUCUGUGUCAGGUACUGUUACGCUUCUGGAAAACAUUUGUUUCUCGUGUUAAUUUAAAAAACAUGGUUUUAUGUCACAUGACCACUGUCUUUUGUAAAUAAAAUGAAGAAAUAGUGAACUAUAUUAAAAGAUUGAAAAGCUU